AACGUUUGUAUGACGGAAACAGGAAUACAUUGUCCGGUCUUUACUUCCGGAUACGGAUCUGGCGCAUGACACACGAGUGUUAGCCGUUUGGGCUUCCAGCGGGCGUCCAAAAAACUGGGCACGGUGGCUACAUGUGAUUGAUUGAAAUGAUACCCAUUCUGCUGCAGGACCACGAACGGUCCAUCACUCAGAUGAAGUACAACGGAGAAGGAGACCUUCUGUUUUCCGUCGCAAAUGAUCCAGUGGCCAACGUGUGGUACACAGGAGCCGUGCGGUGCAUAGACUGUGACUUGGACACCAAAAAUGUUUUGACAGGAUCAGCUGUCGACUGUGGGACUGUUCGAUUUCAGCUGCAACAUCAUCAUGUUUUCCACAGACUAGCAGAUGGGCUGUCAGUGUUUCAUGAACUUCUUCGACCUGAGAGAUCCACAGAUCGUUGUUGUCAGUAUUCCGGAGAAGUCUUGAAGAAAGUUAAGGAGACCAGCAGGCGCAUCAACGACAUCCAGACGUCUGUAGACCUCACCAUGUUCAACAGUGUCUCAAAGGACAACACCACCAAGGUUCGAUUUCAGCUGCAACAUCAUCAUGUUUUCCACAAACUAGCAGAUGGGCUGUCAGUGUUUCAUGAACUUCUUCGACCUGAGAGAUCCACAGAUCGUUGUUGUCAGUAUUCCGGAGAAGUCUUGAAGAAAGUUAAGGAGACCAGCAGGCGCAUCAACGACAUCCAGACGUCUGUAGACCUCACCAUGUUCAACAGUGUCUCAAAGGACAACACCACCAAGCUCUUUGACUCCGCAUCUCUGGAUCACAUCGAGACUUUUAAAACCGAGACGGUGAACUCUGCCGCCCUUCUCCAAUCAUGGAUCAUGUGCUUAUGGCAGGAGGCCAUGGAAGUGACCACAGCUUCCACCAGGAUUGGCAAGUUUGAGGCCAGGUUUGUCCAAGCUGUGUACGAGGAGUCAAAGGUCAUUCUGGUCCCAUCAACUGUGUGGCUUUACACCCUGACGACAAGAGUGCAAUGGAGGAGAAGACUAGGACUCUGCCAGGUAGCGUGAAGGAGCAACUUUAUCUGAAGCAGAUCACUUGUUUGCUGGACUUGUGAGUAUUUUACUGAAAUGUGUAAUUGCAUGAGGAAAGUGUUGUUCAGCUCAUUCCAUUCAUUGUGCCUUAAUGCUGUUGUCAGAUACUUAACAGUCACUUUUUGGCAACACUUUUUUUGGCCAUUGCACUUAGGGUUAUUCCAGCCCAUUCUGCCCUAAUUCUGUUGUCAGAGUCAUUAUUUAGCAACAUUGUCAUUUUUUGGCCCUUGCACUUAUGCUCAUUCCAUUCAUUGUGCCUUAUUUGUAUUGUACUUUCAUUAAGAAGUGUAUUUGACUAUUUUUGUGUAUAUUUUAUGUGUAUAUUUUAGUGUAUAUGACUUUCUUUAUUCCAGAAUAAAGAAAGUUAUUGG